GAUCUGUGUUCAUAUAUUAUAUGUGUGUGUGUGUGUGUGUGUGUGUAUCCCUGUUGUGCAUCUCUGGAUCUGUGGCCAAAAAAUGAAUGAAACCUUGCCCUGUCUGGUGACCAGAGGUUUGAGGCUCUGGGUGGUGGGCGUGGAGGCUUGUGUGUGUGUGUGAAUUGCAUGGGAUUGCAUAAUGUUGUGCUUGGGGCCAUUUCCUCCUUCCUUCCUUCCUUGCUGUCUUUCACUCCCCCCUUUUCCUUCCCCUCUUUUCUUUCUCCUACUCUCUCUGGCUUCGUGUGGGUUUCUGGAAGCGAUCUGGGGAGUGAAUGGCAGCAGGAGGGCAAUUUGCAAAGGAGGAAAACCCAAAGCACCUCCCUCUUUCCUUUCUUUUUUUUCCUCCCAAACCAUCCCUCCUCCUUUCCCUUCUCUCUUGCAUAGCUUGCAGAUGACAAAAGGAGGGAAGAAACUUCCUCUGACUUGGGGGCUUGGAAGAGCCAAAGGGCUUCUUCUUCUUCUUCUAUUAUUAUUAUUAUUAUUAUUGAUGCUUUUGAUUUCCUUCCCCCUUUGGGAAUGAUGGCUGAAUGGCUCCCUUUUCCUCCAGCAUCUGAACAUUGAUAUAUAUAUAUAUAUUCCUUUUCAAUUGAGCACAUUUGAGAAAGUGGCAAUGCAAAGACCUGAAUGCAAGCCACUUCCAUUCAUGUAAUCCCAAGAGGUUUUGGGAAUCCUGUUUCCCUGCAGUUUUGGACCACAAAAGAUCCUGCUGAGAAGGAAGAGUGUUCCCUUGGAUCCCUAAAACACCGCCUUUCCCUUUGGGUUGUCAUCUCCGAGCGAAAGGUUUUCAAUUGAAGAAGCAGGAGUAUUUUUUAUUAUUGUUGUUAUUUUAAAAUAAGAAGGAGAACUACAGAGAUGCCAGGGAUGGUCAGUAAAAACCCCGAUCUCGAAUUUGACUCGCUGCAGCCUUGCUUCUACCCAGACGAAGAUGAUUUUUAUCUGUGCGGUCCAGACUCGGCACCGCCAGGGGAAGACAUCUGGAAAAAGUUUGAGCUCCUGCCAACGCCUCCCCUGUCUCCCAGCCCAGCAGGUCUGCAAGAAAACCCCCCAGGGUCAUGGGGGGCAGCUGGAGGCCUGGGGGGCUUCCGAACCAGCGACCCCUUGGACUGGGCAUCUGAAUUGCUGCUCCUGCCCGCAGAGGCUGACCUUUGGGGCAGCACCGAUGGCGGGGACUCCUUUGAGAUCGGCUUGGGGGAAAGCAGCAGCAGUGCCAACAACCUCAAUGCCAUCAUCAUCCAGGACUGCAUGUGGAGUGGCAGCUCUGCCAGCGAGAAGCUGGAAAGGGCCAUGAAUGAGAAGCUGCAGGGGAAAAAAGGACAGGGCACUGCUGGGGCACCGGCUGCAGCAGCAGCUGGCUCUGCCACCCUGGCAGUGGGCACCACCACCACCUCCGCCACCCCCAGCACCACAGGAAACAAUGGCAGUGGCCAAGCAGAGCUCAACAACUCUGUCUCGGAGUGUGUGGAUCCAGCUGUGGUCUUCCCCUUCCCAAUGAACAAGAGAGAACCCCCCACCGUCACAGCUCCAGCCUCUUCUGUGAGCCCUGGCACUGGGGGCACCGGAGCCCUGGCUCAAGGGGUGGCAGCAGCCGCUCCUGCCCAAAGAAACAGCCACCCAGGGGCUGCUAGUGACAGCCGGGCCAACCACAACAACAGUUCAGGGGAUGAUACGCUCAGUGAUUCCGAUGAAGAUGAAGAAGAGGACGAUGAAGAAGAAAUUGACGUUGUGACCGUGGAAAAGAGGCGCUCCUCCUCCUACAAAGCCAUUAGCACCCUAACUAUUGCAGUGCGCCCUAAAAAUGCCACCACUUUUGCCUCUGUCAGAACUCAGCCAAACGAAGUCAUCCUAAAGCGUGGUGCCCCUAUUCAUCAGCAGCAUAACUAUGCCGCGCCAUCGCCAUAUAUCGAAAACGAAGAUGUGCCACCCCAGAAAAAGGUAAAAAAUGAAGCGCCCCGUCCAGUGAAACCAACGCCCCAGCCAAAACCGAAGAGCUUGAGUCCUCGAAACUCUGAUUCCGAAGACAGCGAGCGUCGGCGUAACCACAACAUCCUGGAACGUCAACGGCGCAAUGAUUUGAGGUCAAGUUUCCUUACGUUAAGGGACCACGUGCCAGAACUGGUUAAAAAUGAAAAAGCAGCAAAAGUUGUCAUCUUGAAAAAGGCCACCGACUAUGUCCAUUCCCUACAGGCUGAGGAGCACAAGCUACUGCUGGAAAAGGAAAAGUUGCAAGUCAGACAACAGCAGUUGAUAAAAAAAUUAGAACACAUGCAAACUUGUUAAUUUAAACAAGCAAAAAACUUACCUUUUUUGUCAUUGUCUGAUCUGGACAGCCACUGCCACUUUGCACAUUUUUGAUUCCUUAAAGAGAGUUAUGUUUUUGACGUUAAGAAUGUUGGUUUUACUUUCAAUCCAGUCUCUGAUAUAGAUGACAAAAAAACAAAACCCAACCCAGAAACAAACACUGUUAAUCUGAAUGGAGAGCGUAUGGAUGUUCUUUUCUGUGGAGUUGAAGAGACUGCCAAACUGUAAUGGAAUGCCUUUGUAUUUCCUCUUAGAACUGUAUAUGUUCUUUAAAUGUUGUGAGCAUUUGGACCUGCUUAUGACAUCCAGUUGAGAGUCUGGAAACAUUCAUUCCUUUUUAAUGGUGCUUACGUUCUGCCAGGUGUUAUGGGGCAAAAGCAUUUUGUACCCUUGUUGUUGGGGAACACCUCUGUAAAUACCAUAUACACAUUUGCCUUUUGUACAUGUCUUGGGUUAUGAGAGGUGACUUUUGCUACCAAUAUUAGACUGGAAGUUCAUACCUAAGUACUGUAAUACCUCAAUGUUUGAGGAGCAUGUUUUUGUAUACAAAUAUAUUGUUAAUCUCUGUUAUGUACUGUACUAAUUCUUACACUGCCUGUAUACUUUAGUAUGAUGCUGAUACAUAACUAAAUUUGAUACUUAUAUUUUCGUAUGAAAAUGGUUGUGGAAAGUUUUGAGUAGAUAUUACUUUAUCACUUUUUUGAACUAAGAAAACUUUUGUAAAGAAAUUUACUAUAUAUGCCUUUUUUUCCUAGCCUGUUUCUUCCAGUUAAUGUAUUUGUUAAUGUUUGUUGCAUAGAACUGGGUAAUGGCAAAGUUCUGUGUUUAAUUUCUUCCAAUGAUGUACAUUUAGUGCUGCAUCUUUAUAGCACUUUGAAAUACCUCAUGUUUAUGAAAAUAAAUAGCAAUUAAAUGAUGUGGUAUUUACUCUUU